UGCUGUGAUGCGUCCGCGCCGCCGCAGAGACAGACACAUGGCGUGUCAGUGCUAAGGUAGUGCUAUGCAGCUGCAAGCACUUUCCGUACUUCUCUUCAUCAUAUCACCAUCAGCACCACCGGUAUCCUCUUUGCCCAUCGAUAUCGUGCUCGAUGUGAGUGCCGCAGCUGGCUCUCUCUACGGACUCAAGCGUAUCAGAGCGAGGAUCGAUCAUCUACAGAAAGAGCAGGCGGCAUACGGAGGUCAAGACGUGAGGUGAAAAUGAUCAUAUUGGCGAAACAAUGGCGCAUGCCCAAGUUCUUCGUGGUGCUUCUGCUCGUGGAGUUGCCCUUGACCGUGGCCAUGUUGACUCUUAUGGGCAUCGCACAUCCAAACACGUAUCGCACCAAACUCUGGCAGAACGGUUUUGAUAAAGGCUUCAAUAGCGCCCCCAAUUCCAUCCUCUACGACUAUGCGAAUUGGCGGCCUGCACAUGUGCCAGAGAUCUGGAGCCACGGCAUGACUGAAUUCAACGUGGUCAUCAGCAUCUUGAGCAUGUUUUUGCUGCUUGCGAAGAGCACAAUGUUCGUCAUGCACAUAUUCAUUCCGGGCCUGAGUAGUCUCGUGCAUGCGGUCCUGGUGGCCCUGUACGCGGUGAGCGUCUACAACCAGUCCAGGCCCGAUAUGAGCGAUAUCAACCAUCUCUCGCCGGGUAUGCCAUGGUAUCUAAGCAAAGGCUGUGACUAUGCCACUGCCGGUAAUCGAGGAUUCUGCCUGCAGGCUCGUGCAAGCUUUGGGGUGACAAUUGUAAUGCUCGCGCUGUUCGUCGUCUAUCUCGGCUACUCUGCGUGGAGCUCGAUUCCUACCCCACAAGAACGGCUCGAACGAGAGGCAGACCGACGAUCGGACCUCGAGAUGAAGAAGCUGAGCAUGUAUGGCCUGGAUGAUGAUCUUACGAAGGAGGAGAGGAGGGAGCACAAUCGACAGCUCUUUUUGAACCUGCCCAAGACGCCCAGCUUUGGGGGCGCGAACAAUCCCAUGACGCCACGAACAAUGGCUUUCACGCAGCUGAAUGGAGGCGAAGCACCACCGAUGGUGAAUGUGUCUCAUGCCGGGCCCAGUAGAGCAUUGCCCUUCCGAGACUUCCAUCAUGGCUCGACCGCUGUGCCUGAUGCGAGGUGAAGUGAGAUGUCCCGAUGACUUGUGUUGCGAUACCCUCGAGAGAAUAUCUCGCUGUACAUAUGAUGACGAAUUGCAAUGAAAUGUGCAGCUAUGU